AUGAUGCAUAGUUUUAGGAAAAUAUUAAUAUUAUAUGCACAGACUUCUGAAGAGGCACAAGAAAAAUAUGUUGAAACUAUGAAUAUAAAAAGUAACUAUCCUAUGUGGCAAAAAUAUAUCACAGUUCAUCACUGGAAAUGCAAAGAAAAGUGGUGUUUAGCUUGGAGGGAUCAUACUAAUAGAGGCCAUCAGACCAACAACUUUAGCAAAGUAUCAGUGAGAAUUUUUAAGGAAAAUGUAUUAGGUUGUGUGAAAGCAUACAAUGUAAUUUCAUUGAUUGACUUUUGCUGUACAAAAUUGGUGGAAUACUAUAAAAAUUUUUUUUUAGAAUUUUCAAAUGAAAGAAAUUCUACUGCUCAACUGUUUUUUAAAAAUUUAAUUAAAAAAACUGAUUAUAUCACCAAAGAAGAGAUUACUGUAGACAAUGAAGAAUUUUAUGUCCCAAUAACCAUAGAAGACAAAUACUUUAUAGCAAAACUGGCAUUAGGUGAAAAAGUACCAAAUAAGACAUUUUAUGAGGGCUUAUUACCUACAGAAGUAAUUCAUGAACAGUCACUUGUAUCGCAUGACUUUCAUCAAGAUAUUGAUUAUGGUGAUGAUGCAAAUAAAAAGAGUUCAACAGAAAAUCCCAAACAUAGAAAUGGAGCGUCAAUCAAAGUACAACCAACAACAAUAGCUAGGAGAAGACCAUGGGUUACUAGAGGAAGUAAACGUUUGCUUGCAGGUAGACCAGCAACAACUGAUAGUAACCGUCCCAAAAAGAAGCCCAGAAAUUUACAGCGUAACAUUAGAAAUUGUGUGACUAAUUCAAAAUCACAUUAA